AUGGCGCGUGCGUUGCUGAUGCUGGUGCUGGGUCUUGGUGCUGCGGUGUGCGCGCAGAAUUCGAAAACGUCAGACACAGGACCGAUGUUCAACCCCUCGGAAGCACCGUUCUUCGACUACUCCCAGCUCGUCGUCCCGACCCAAACCCCCCAACUCCCGCAAUACCCUGAUUCUUACUCGUCAUCGUCAAUCACCCCGUCCCUCGCCGUCUACCCGACUCAAACCCCUUCCAUAACGCGUUCCGCAAGCUCGGUUGUCAGCUCUUUGGCGCUCUUUCGCUCUCACUCCAUCGUGUCUUCUGCUCGCAACUCUACUAUCGCUUCGUCGACUUUCGCGUCGGGAAACUCUACCGUCUUGUUAUCUACGUCUAGCCAUUCUAGCGCAUCGCGUGCUUCCACCUCAUCUGUGACAUUGUCCACGGCUACUUCUGCUUCGAGAUCUGCUUCAUCAUCGUCGUUGGCUUCCGCUUCCGCGCCGGCAAGCACGGGUGCUGCUGUUGCGAAGUAUCCCCGUGUGAUCGGCAUCAUUGCUGGAGGUCUGUUUGCUGGGCUGGUGAUGGCGUAG